UGAAGCUAAAGCUUGUCGAUAUGUGGCUUAACACCCACGUAGAGUUGAUUUUUAAGCAAAUGCUUCCUCAUUUUAAUUGUGUAUUAUAAGAAAAGUCGAAAAGUACGGCAUUUGAGUUGGAAAACUAUUGAAAACGAAGCAAAUAUUUUUACAGUACAAAAAUAAUCAAGAACAACAACAAACCAGAAGAUUGAUUAACACUAAAAUUCUUGAAGCACUGCAUUGUAAAGCAAAAGUUCUUAUCGCAUCUAAAUGAGUGGUAGAAUCAAUAAGCACUUCCGGAAUUUUAACGAUGACGAUGAACAAGAGAAAAUUUGUAAUGGAAUCCAAUAAGCAUAUGCUUAAUUAUAUUGAGAUUGUGCCAGGUCAAUUGGUAUUUGUAACAUUCAAGAAAGAUUUGAAACCAAUUUCAAACAAACACAGAACGUACAUAAGAGUGGAUAAUUUUCUUCAUUAUGAAGGAUUCUAUAACGAUUUUGGUCCAUACAAUAUUUGUAACUUAUAUCACUACUGCAAAUAUCUCAAUCUUGAAUUGGAGGCGGCACGCAAAGCAAACAAUCGUCUCGUGAUUCAAUACACUUGGAUGGAGAAGGAGAAGCGAGUGAACAGCGCCUACGCAAUCGGCUCCUACGCUAUUAUUUACCUGGACAAAACAGCCGACGAAGUCUACAAACUUCUCACAAACAAUGAAACUCAACUUUACGCCAAGUACAAUGAUGCAUCGGCUGUUCUUAGUGAAUACAAAUUAACGCUCCUUGAUUGCCUUCGUGCAGUAGAAAAAGCUCAUCAUUUUGGCUUCUUUAACUUCGACGAUUUCAAUUAUCUCGAGUAUGAGCAUUAUGAGAUUGUCGAAAGUGGUGAUCUCAAUUGGAUUGUGCCGAAUAAGUUUAUUGCAUUCUGUGGUCCCCAUAUGAUGUCUGGAACUGACAAUAAAGGCUACACACAUCACGCACCAGACAAAUAUUUUGAGUAUUUCCAACAAAAUCAUGUCACGACAAUCAUUCGAUUGAAUUAUAAAUUUUAUGAAGCUUCAUCAUUUAUCGAUGCCGGCUUCAAGCAUUACGAUUUGAUUUUUCGUGAUGGAUCGACGCCAAGUGACACAAUUCUAAAUCAAUUUCUUGACAUAUGUGAACGUACGGAUGGUGCAAUUGCAGUGCAUUGUAAAGCUGGACUUGGGCGAACAGGCUCCUUAAUUGGCGCUUAUAUCAUGAAGCAUUAUCGCUUCACAGCAAUGGAGACAAUCGCUUGGAUUCGACUGUGUCGACCAGGCAGUGUUAUUGGACAUCAACAACAGUGGAUGGAAGAGAAACAACUUCCCAUGUGGAUUCAAGGCGAAGCCUAUCGACGUGAUCACAAAAUAAAAUCAUUAAAAAUUCAUGAGUUGGGAAUUUACAGUCAUAAGAACAAAAGUUGCUUGGACGAAGAGUUGCUUGAAUCAAAAAUGAUACAAACGAACGAUGAGAUUGAUGGAGUUGACACGGAAGAUGAUGAAACAGCAACAGAAAAUGUUGACGAACUUAUUGGUGAACUUCAGGAGAAAUCGAGUAAGAAACGGUCGAGAUCCGUGACAGGAAUCUCUGAAAAAGUUGAUACAAUGAAACUCGACGAUGCCAAUGGAAAUGUAACAAAAGAUGUCGUGCGAACAAAUGAUAAGAAUGGAAAUAUCAUAACAGCAGCUGGAAGCUCAUCAACAAUUUCCAAGACGAUGAAAGGUCGAAACAUUUCAUCUUUAAUCAGAAGAAUUCAGCCAGGUGCUAACACAUUGCCAACAAAACUUCCUUCAUCGAUUGAUACAGGCGAUCAAAUCACACAGGGUGACGAGCUCAAUCAAAUUAAAUUUCGAAGAGCUGUCAACCAUCAUCGUUCCGUCACUGUUGCUGUUGCACAAACGGACGCCAUCCCAAAGCCACGCGCAUAUCACAAUCGCGCUAAAUCACAAUCAAACACGCGAACCCUUGACCAUGAUGUACCUACAAACAUUGCACGACCUGUGCCGAUAACGAAGAGUGGAAAUCCAAGGUUUACUUAUGUUGUCGUGCGAACAACUGCUUGUAAUACAAUUCCCUCGUCAACGCCACCCACACGAACCGAACCCGUUAGUCACAUUCCGACCAUAACGAAUAGCAAUAAGCUGAUAAAAAGCAAGCAAUCAAAGGAAGAUGGAAUAAAACGAGCGUCUGUACGACGAACAACCUUGGGACGUUCGAGACUGUCGCGAUCACCUGUGAAGCCAAUGACUUGUACUGUUAAUUCAUUGACGUCAACGAAUCAAACUGUGACAACGACUAUUGCCAACUCACACACUUCAUCACCAGUACACGAGCGUGUCGAGAUUGACGACAUUAUUGGACCAGUAACGAGAAGUCGAACGUGUCGUUUUUGUACAUCAAACGAAGAUAAUGGAAAUGAAGUGAAUCAUAAACGAGGGAAGCGUUCAUUGAGUAAUUCGAGAUUUCAUGACAAAAAGAAUAAAUUAUCGAGAAAAGCUCAGAUUCUUGUUCCAUCAUCCGUAACAGGAAGCGCAAUAACGACGAGAAAGUUGAGAAAAGAGACAUCAUUAGAUUCAGCGUUAGCUGAUGUAGCAUCGCCAGACACUCAAGACAAUUCAUCGUUAUCAGAGUCACCCACAAAGGAAGUGACAAAAUCUCGAAUGAAAAAACCCACCGUCAGGCUGAGUUCGCAGAAAUGUCUAACUUGAAAGACUUAAACAUAAAUGAUGAAGAAGGAAUUUCAUUUCAGUGGAAAGUGCACUUUCAAAACAUUUAAAUGGAUACACAAAAACUAGUUGCACUCGUUCAUAUCUCUCAAUGUUGCUACCCUUCCAGCCAUACAUUCAAUUCUUGCCAUAAUCUACACCCACGCUUCCAAACGGAUCAACGAAAUAAAAUCCAUUGACGGAAAAUCCAUUCUUACGACGAAGCUGAAAAGUUUUUUUUUCAAUUGAAACUUUUUCCCUACAUGCAUGCAAAAAAUGCUGAAAAACUUUUUUAACAUUCAACUCGACGAUAUUUUCUAUUUUCCUGUGGUGAUUUUUUAAAUAGAUAUUCUGAGUUUGACUUCUUUUUUUUCUUUUACCUUCUUUAGUAUUUUUUUAGUUGUUUAAAAAGAAAUUUUCAGCGAAACUUUUGUUUUAGUCAUUUUUAAUUGAGAAAGUUUAGUUCUCAAGAGUUUUGUUUGUGACGAAACUUUCCACAUGCUGAUGCUCGCCAAUUUACACCAAACUUUGUCCAAAUUUACAAUAAAAUAUUCCAUUCCGAAUCCUUCCACAAUUUAUUAACUUAAAUAACAAUCCAUCGAAGAAGUUUUGCAUCAAACAACUCUUGAAAACUUCAUUUUCACUUCGCUAUUUUACAAAACGGUAUGCAAUAUAUUUAAACAUGACUAAUAGGAUUAAACUCUUAUUUUAUUUAACUUUAUUUUAUUUAAAAAGAAAACUUAUUUAAGAUUCUUUUCUGUAAGAAAGAAAAAAGAUUUUCUGGGAUUUAUCAUCGAGCUAAGAUAUUUUCUUUAGUCUAGACAUGAAACUUGAUAUAUAAUGAACAUAAAUAAAUAUUAAGUGAGUUUAUUCGAUCAUAAAACAAAUUCCCUUCACAUGAUGAAAAGUACUAAAGGAUCGAUAAAAUAAGAAAAACUUCAAUUGAUCUCUUUGAAAAAUAUCUCCACGCUCGUAAACUUACGCAAUACAUAAAAAAAAUUCUCAUUUGUUCUUCUUCUCAUCAAUUCGUGUAGCGAAGAUGAAUCAAAAACUCUUAAGACAAAAAGUUUAUUAGAUUUAGAUGAAGUCUUGUAAUCAAUAAAUUUAUUUGUGAAAUGAUUAAAAAAAUUCUAUAUAUUUGAAAAAAGUGAAAAUAUUUAAAUAAAAUUUGGAAUUUCCUUGAAUACAG